AAAAGAGAAACAUCAUCUGCCAUGGUAGGAGCUUCGAGUUUUAGAAAAGCAGCCACAAAGAUCAAGUUUCCUUGCGCUUCUUUCUCAAGGAAUCAACUACCUAAAGACGAUGCUGUCCUCGUCGUCGUCAACAACAAUAUCUCGAGUUCAUCUCUAGCAAUGAAGCAGGAAAAUGCCUCAGAGAUCGUAGAGGAGACGGAAUGCAGUAGCGUCAGCAAGAGCUUGUGUGCGAUAUGUCUGGAGUCCUUAAGUUACAGCACGACAGUGGGCAGCCCCGGGCAGGCUAUAUUUACGGCGCAAUGCUCACACGCAUUCCAUUUCAGUUGCAUCUCCUCCAAUGUCCGCCAUGGGAGCGUUACCUGCCCCAUUUGCAGAGCGCACUGGACACAGCUCCCACGCAACCUCAACCCACCUCUUCUCCCUUGCACCACUACCCAAUCGGAUCCCGUCCUCCGUAUCCUCGACGACUCAAUCGCCACCUUCCGAGUCCACAGACGCUACUCCCUUCGCUCCGCCCGCUACGAUGACGACGACCCUGUGGAGCCUGACUUCACCACAACCCACCCACGCCUCCACCUCAUUUUAAUGCCAAUUCCCUUUACUCCUCCUCCGCCAACACCUCCUUACCAUCAAGUGUCAACACCAGCUGUGCCACCGCUGAGAAACAGAGCUUAUCUCUCUGUAACAUUGGCACAUCACCAAGCGACAGACCUCGUCCUUGUUGCCAGCCCCAAUGGGCCACACUUGAGGCUCCUCAAGCAAUCAAUGGCAUUAGUGGUCUUCUCGCUUCGCUCCGUAGACCGUCUAGCCAUCGUUACCUACUCGUCUGCCGCAACUCGUGCAUUCCCUUUGCGACGUAUGACAUCCCAUGGUAAACGGGCAGCCCUGCAAGUCAUCGAUCGCCUCUUCUACAUGGGGGAAGCUGACCCAGCUGAAGGCCUUAAGAAAGGCAUUAAGAUACUGGAAGAUCGUGCUCACAAGAACCCCCGGUCUUGCAUCCUGCACCUCUCUGAUAGCCCCACGAGAUCGUACUUUGGCCAUGGCAUUGACAUGCAAAUCCCAGUUCCGGUUCAUAGGUUUCACAUUGGCUUUGGCUUUGGCACUUCCAAUGGAUUCGUGAUGCAUGAAUUCGAAGAGUUCCUGGCUAGACUGCUGGGAGGCGUCAUCAGAGAGACCCAGUUGAGAAUUGGAGAGAAUGGAGGGGUUGUUCGGCUUGGGGAAUUAAGGGGAGGGGAAGAGAGGAGAAUUCCUCUGGACUUGGGUGACUGCGAAUUCAUCCGUGUCGGGUAUAGUUAUAUGGAAGGUGGGGUGGAUGAAUGCAUAAGAUGCGGAGAAGUUGUGGUGGGCGUGGAAGACAAGAGGGAAAGCAGCCAUGGUGGUGGGAGAGACGUUAGCAUAGGCGGGAGAACCAGUGUUGAGGGUUGGGAUUACCAUGAUCCUUACAUGGCUAGAAGGUGGGCAAAACAUUUACAUGGAUAUAGGCUUUAAAUCAUCCCUAAACCUAAAC